AUGAGUCUACGAUUGUCGUCCCUUGACCCGAACGAGCCCAGGGCUGCCAAAGAUUGCAGGACGUGUAAUCGAAGAAGGGUCAGAUGCGAUCGAAGCCUUCCGAGCUGCCGCAAAUGUGCUCUCAAAGAACUCCAAUGCCCGGGAUACGGACUUCGAAUUCAAUGGGGUCAGGGAGUCGCAAGCCGAGGGAGAUUGACUGGGAAAGCACUUCCUAUCCUCGAGUCGGCACCUGCAAAUCCAGAUCGCGCGCCCGUCGAGGAGGAGAGAGCAUUCACGACCCCGCCGACUGAGAGCCAGCAGGACUACCUGGACAAUCGACAACCUGAAUCGUCCAUCUCACCGGCUGAAGUAGGCACCCCCGCGUCCGACGACCUGCGAAACGCAUUCCUACCUCUCUACGAUCGUUCCAGCGACUGCAAUCCAUUUGCGAUGGGCCUUGAUUUGAGCGCGUGCCAGCUUCCAAAGUACCUCCAGACGCAGGUGGUUUAUGAUCUUGUUCAUUACUACGACCACGUUGUGGCAGCUGUGAUGCCGUGGUUGGACGGGCCAGGCAACGCGUGGCGUACCAUCAUACUACCUCUUGCCAUCGAGUGUGAAUUCCUCCUUCUGGCCAUCCUCGCCCUCUCGGCCGAGCACUACUCGUUCAAAAUGGGUUCGACAUACACAUCCAACACCGGUCCUUUAUCUGCCUCUUGGCGAGAUCGAAGCCUGCAUUUACUCGCACGGAGCCUUCGUACCGAGUUAUCCGAGGAGCAAACCACCGUAAGCCGUGGCCCCGCGUGUGCGAUGCUCGCCACCAUCCUAGUGCUGUGCAAUCUCGAGAUGAUCCGAUGCGACAACGCCGUUUGGAGGAUUCACUGGAAGGCAGCGAGGACCAUAGCAAGACGUUGGACAUCAUCACACCACCCUCCACCGAAUCUGGAUCCCGGGUUCGACUUUCUCAUCAAAGAGGCCUUUGUCUACGACGUGUUUGGAUCUUCAACCACCUUCCGCGAUGAAGACCAGAUAUCUAGCGCAGUAGUGAAUGCCGACGACCCUUUUUUACGUUGGUUGCAGCUCAUACAGGAGGUCACGAUCAUCGAACGACGGCGACACGCCAAUUUGCCAGUGGACGAAUUUCCGCUGCACAACGCUGACAUGCACGCCCUGCAACAAGCAUUCGCAACAGCCACGAAUUCCUCACUGUUUCUCAGCAAACACAGCAAGCCUGAAUGGCAAGGUCUGGAAAGUCUGGAAAGUGACCUCGUGAUGCUGCUUAACAUUUAUCAACAAGCAGGUCUCCUUUACAGCUACCAGGCUUUAAUUGACGCCGGUAAAUCUGCCACCGCUCGGAGCAUUUGCGUAGAGACCAUCAUCUCAGGCAUCCGCCAGAUCCAGAACAUGAAGGCUAUACAGCACGACCUGGUCUGGCCAUACUUCCUGGUGGGAACAGAAAGCAGGGGCAAUGACGACAGGAAACACUUUGCACAAGCUGGCCUACUCGAAGCGAUGCAUUCGACCGCGUUUUCUAACUGCGUUCCAGCACUGGAAUUUUUGCGACGGUUUUGGACCACGGAUGCCUACACCGUACCUCUGUGGCUGCAAUUUGCCCGACAAGAAUCGCACCAAGGCAUGGAUUUCUUGGUUAUAUGA